UAACCCAUCCUCUGUCUUUGAAUGCAUUUCGGAAGGUCAUGACGAUAAAUUCCGGGUGAUAUGAGGUUAAAGGUGAUCCUGCCGCCGUUCAGAUAGAUUUGCAAUGCUUAUACGACGGGUGUUACAGUGUGGGGUAUCGGUGCUGAAGGGAACACGGUCCGUGCACCUCAGCGCGCCAUGGCGAAGCCCCCUGAUCCCCAUAGUUGUAGAACAGACGGGCCGGGGGGAGAGAGCGUAUGACAUAUACUCCAGGUUGCUAAGGGAAAGGAUCAUUUGUGUAAUGGGACCAAUCGAUGACUCUGUUGCCAGUCUGGUUAUAGCUCAACUGCUUUUCCUACAAUCAGAGAGCAACAAUAAACCGAUUCACAUGUACAUCAACAGCCCAGGGGGUGUGGUGACGGCAGGCUUGGCCAUCUACGACACCAUGCAGUACAUCCUCAAUCCCAUCUCCACCUGGUGCGUGGGCCAGGCGGCCAGCAUGGGCAGCCUGCUGCUGGCUGCAGGCACCAGUGGCAUGAGGCACUCCCUGCCCAACGCCAGGAUCAUGGUCCACCAGCCCUCCGGGGGGGCCAGGGGUCAAGCCACAGACAUCGCUAUUCAAGCGGAGGAGAUCCUGAAACUGAAGAGGCAGAUAAACAACAUCUACAGCAAGCACACCGGCCAGCCCCUUGAAACUAUAGAGGGUGUAAUGGAACGAGAUCGCUACAUGAGCCCCAUGGAAGCCCAGGACUUUGGCAUCAUCGAUCGGGUGUUGGUUCACCCUCCCCAGGCGGGCCAGGACGAGCCCGAACUUGUGCAGAAAGACCCUCCCGUGGCCACCAGCCCCUCUCCCACCUCUGACCCCCUGACCCCUGAACCGGGAUCCCCAAGAGCCAAUCCCCCGUCUUCCCACAGGCCCGAACCCUGAACCGGUCCUAGAUGCCUCCCGAUGGCGCAGACACGACCGUCUGGGAACAACGCCUCCGUCAUUCAGAGAAAUCCUUUUUUUUGUCAUUGGUCUGAUGUGAGCAUAACCUUAACCAUCUACUUGACACUAGUAUUCCGUUUUCAUACUUGUGCUCAACAAUGCUCAAAGGGUUGGUUCCAAAAUGGGAUCGGCGACCCUCGUUUUUACGUUAGCAUUUUUACACGCUGUCCAGCAAACUGUCGUACCCCUCAAAGUCUAACUUGGUCAUUUUGGAUUGUAAAGGAGCAGCCAAAGGCAGUUUUUAGCAGAUGACUAGCAUUGCAUAUUGCAAUAUGUCAUCCUUCCAUGAUCCACACAGAAAGGAAGGGGCACAUAUGUCAUGUGUGCAUCGAUUUCCACAGCAAAGUUGUAAUCAAUUUGUGACUAACUUUAAAUGGGGGAAAUGGAAUUAAAAGAUUCACCUGA